AGAGUUAUGGCUGGUAUCUGCACUUGCAAGAAGUGUAGAUCAGGCCGUCGUAGGGCCAAAGCUGCUGCUGCUGCGGCCACCAGAGCACGUAACCCACGCCCUCUACCUCCUACUCAUACGCUCUUCUGGUAACUAAAGUUCCUCCACAACGAGUAAAUACCACACUACAACGAUAGGCGAGCUAUAUACUCGGCCUCGGGCGACGAACUGCGGGGUAGAGCCUUACGGGCGGGCACCUCUGACCACGAUUGGCAGGUAGAUAGGCCAAGAAUACGAUACGGAACGAAUGCUGGGACCUCAUUACACCUAUCCGUACCUCUACUGUGACAUCUACUCCUCUAAAGCUUACCCUGUACGUUGCUAUAUCAUACCGCAGCACGUUAUUAUGGACGGCUCUUUUGACGACGAGUCUUGGACCCUUAUUGAUCGUACAACCACCAGGAUAUCCUCUACGCCAACAUCUCGGGAGCGUAAGAUCAAGCCCUGGGAUCUUGCACCACCCAAGACAUACAUCUUCGAGAACGCGAACAUCGUCAAUACCAUCGACGGUUCUAUCCGAAGAAAAAGCUCACUUUGUAUGAGCGACGGCAAAAUCAAAUGGAUCAAAGCUACAUCCGCAACGACCGCUUCCGAGUCCACCGCCAUCAAAAUCGACGCAACGAGCAAAUAUCUCGUCCCAGGUUUAAUUGAUUCUCACGUCCACAUCACAGCUGUACCGGGUACCGCAGACCUCGCAAAAGUAUUCGGGAGUGAAUUCGCAGUCUCCGCUUUUCGUCAACCGUAUGUGUGCCAACAGAUGUUGAGUAGAGGCUUCACUACAGUACGCGACUGCGGGGGCGCAACACUGGCUCUCAAAGAAGCAAUCGCCGAUGGCGUGUUCCCUGGUCCUCGGCUCUUUAUUGCUGGAAAGGCAUUGUCUCAGACGGGUGGACAUGGCGAUUCUCGUGGUCCUCAUGAUCAUCCGACUUGUUGUGGUGGAGUGACGAAUAGUAUUGGUCUUAUCUGCGAUGGUGUGGACGAGUGUAUCAAAGGAGUCCGCGAGAACUUGAGAACCGGAAGUGAUUUCAUCAAGAUUAUGGGAGGUGGUGGUGUUGCGAGUCCGACUGAUGCGCUGGAGAAUGUGCAGUUCACUUCCGAAGAGAUCAAGGCUAUUACUACUGUGGCAGGUCAAGCAGAUAAAUGGGUGACUACGCAUGCAUACACGCCCAAGGCCAUUCAACACGCUAUCAGAAAUGGCGUCAGAGGCAUCGAGCAUGGCAACUUUAUCGACAAGGAAACUGCCAAGUUGAUGGCAACUCAUGAUAUCUUUCUGACGCCAACAUUGAUCACAUAUUCUGAGAUGGCUUCUCCGGAUUGGACUGGUUUCCUACCACCAGAGUCAGCGGCAAAGAACGAGACUGUUUUGAAGAAAGGUCUACAGUCUCUUCAGCUUGCCACCGACGCUGGAGUCACCGUCUGCUACGGCACCGACCUGCUAGGCCCCUUGACCGCAGCACAAACAAAGGAAUUUGCAUUGCGAAGCCAGGUCUUGACUCCGCUACAAGUACUCCAGAGCGCUACAAUCAAUCCUGCUAGAAUGCUGCGACACGAAAAGUUGCUCGGGCAACUGGCGCCUGGAUUCUUGGCUGAUAUGCUGAUCUUGAAUGAGAAUCCCUUGGAAGACAUGACGUUGUUUGAUAAGCCUGAUAAGCAUUUGCUUGCUGUGGUCAAAGAAGGACGAGUCUUUGUCAGUCGAUGGUCGGGAUUAUCAGAGGAUACGACUUCUGCUACACCGCUGAUUGAGUAGACGGUGUGGUUGCAUGGAAUAGUCACUAUCAGAGAUCCAGUGAUUAAGUAUUGGGAUCACCCAUUCCAGCACACAACAGCGCGAUUUGUGAGGUGCGAGUGGCAGCCAUAGGAGAUUGUCAGUAG